CAACACCAAAAAACACACCGCGUUUUUAAGGCACGGAAAAGAAACGCUUCCUGUUUCCCGAUCGUCCACCCCUGCACCCGCCGCACCCAAACAAGCCUCCCUUCCCCUCCAGAAGCGGAGGCCACCCGAGGAGCAGCACACAAUGGAGCGGGUGCAAGUCGGCGGCCCCUUGGACGGAGAGGCUAGGACGUGCGGGGUCGGGGGCUCUGGAGCCAGGGGAAGCCACCCCGGGGGACCCCCGCACUCCGGCAGAAGCUGGGGCUGGCGUGCGGGACGCCGCCCGGGCGGUCAGGCUUGGGGAACAAAGCUGCAGGAAGCCGGGCCGCGGCUGGGCCCCGGCGCGCGCCACACAAAGCGGGGACUGCGCCCGGAGCACCCGGGGCCCGCGCACAAAGGCUCCGGGGCGCGCGCGGCUAGCGGUCUGCGACGCGGUCCCGGAGCCCCGCGACUUCCCGGCUUCCAGGAGGCGGGGGCGGAGGGCGCGGGAGAGGACGCCGCAGUGAGCAAAAGGUCCCCACUUCAGCUCUAAAACAAGGCACAGACUUAGUCUGGAAAGAAGAAAUAAUGGAGACACUGAGGCACAGGAGGAGUGAGGUGUAAUUGCCCAAGGUCAUAAGAUGCAAAGCUGAAAUUCAGAGCCCGGCUGUCUGUCUCUGGAAUCCACAUCCUUCACCCCCAGAGCAAAACCUCUUUACCCUCCUGUGAAAGGGCAGUGAUAUAAUGGUGACCAUUGGAAAUAAUAGUCAAAGCGCUGAUACACAGAAUAAAGGCCAUUACAGCACCAAGAAACCUAACACUUUGUCUUUAAGAGGAUGUCAGUACUAGAAAUUCCCAUGAUGGUGCAGUGGAAAUGAAUCCAACUAGGAACCAUGAGGUUGAGGGUUCGAUCCCUGGCCUUGCUCAGUGGGUUAAGGA